GUUUGACAGAAGUUUGAAUCGGACCCGAGGGCUUUCUGCAGCCGGCGGGCCAGAGCGGUGGCCACGGUCCCUGGGCGCGAGCGUGAUCCGGACGAGCGGCGCCACCGAGACCCACCCCGCCAGCCUGGAUCGCGGCUCGCCGACGGCCUCGAGCCCGCAGCCCCCAGCUCCAGCGCGGUCCCCGCAGCCCCCGGACCAGGGAGCCGAGCUCCGGCGCUGCGCCCCGGCCCCGCUGUACCAGCAUGUCCUCGACGGAGAGCUCCGGACGCGCCGCGGACAAGUCGCCGCGCCAGCAGGUGGACCGCCUGCUCGUGGGGCUGCGCUGGCGACGGCUGGAGGAGCCGCUGGGCUUCAUCAAAGUUCUCCAGUGGCUCUUUGCUAUUUUCGCCUUCGGGUCCUGCGGCUCCUACAGCGGGGAGACAGGAGCGACAGUUCGCUGCAACAACGAAGCCAAGGAUGUGAGCUCCAUCAUUGUUUUGUUCGGCUAUCCCUUCAGGUUGCAUCGGGUCCAGUAUGAGAUGCCUCUCUGCGACGAUGACUCCACAUCGAAGACCAUGCACCUCAUGGGGGACUUCUCUGCCCCUGCUGAGUUCUUUGUGACUCUUGGCAUCUUUUCUUUCUUCUAUACGAUGGCUGCUCUGGUCCUCUACCUGCGAUUUCACAAGCUCUAUACAGAGAACAAGCGCUUCCCACUGGUGGACUUCUGUGUGACUGUCUCCUUCACCUUCUUCUGGCUGGUAGCUGCAGCUGCCUGGGGCAAAGGCCUGACUGAUGUCAAAGGCGCCACACGGCCAUCCAGCCUAACUGCAGCCAUGUCUGUGUGUCAUGGAGAGGAAGCAGUGUGCAGUGCGGGAGCCACACCCUCUAUGGGCCUGGCCAACAUCUCUGUGCUCUUCGGCUUUAUCAACUUCUUCCUGUGGGCUGGGAACUGUUGGUUUGUGUUCAAGGAGACCCCAUGGCAUGGACAGGGCCAGGACCAGGGCCAGGGCACCAGCCAGGAGAGCACAGCUGAGCAGGGAGCAGUGGAGAAGCAGUAAUCAGCCCC